AUUUCUCUUUCAAGAUUAAUUUAAAAUCGGUUUUAUCUUUACAAAAAUCCUUUCUCAGGGCGUUCAAACGAAGACAAAAUAAGGAUGAUGGAGCUUGGGAGUUGGCUAGCUGGAUGUGAUUUUGUUUGCAGAUUCGAUGUGCGCUCACGCGUGACUCGCACUACUUCAGUUUGAAGAAGAUGUCAGGCCCGACCCAGGCACAGAGUCAGGAGCUUAUUCCUGGAUGUUCAACACCUCGGUCUUGUGAGUUCGUUUCUGUGGCCACAGGUUCGGCUCACAGGAAGAGAGAGAUGCAGAGGUCAGAUGAUGGACGUCCGUCCACUUCAUCCAAACACUAUCGCAUAGGCCGCUUCAGAUGCAGGAGAGUUGUUUCCAGGAGCAGUAACAACAGAUCUGAGAGCCAACAUGAACCAGGCAGUGACGGAAACAGGAGUUUGUCCAGAUGCGACAGCUUCCAGUGGAUGUGUCCUCCACUGCCUGGUCAAGUUCCCGUCGAGCCAAACGACAUUUCUAAUGUCCCGACUGCUCAUGGUGCCGUGGAGGCUUCACCUGGUUCGACAGAAAAACGUACAAAAGGAAAGAAGAUGAAAAGAAUUCGUUCGUUCCUCAGGAACGUGUGGACGGCUGUAAAGAGUCCGUCCGGCUGCUGUUCUGACAGUAAAGCUGUGGAUGUUGUGGAGCCUUUCGUUCCUCCACUAGAUCUGGACUCGGAGCCUGAUUCUGAUCCAGAUCACUCCGACAGCCUCAACAGUAGUGUGUCCAGUUCCGACAGCCUCAAUAGUAGUGUGUCCAGUUCCGACAGCCUCAACAGGAGUUUGUCCAGAUCCGACAGCUUCCAAGAGGGGAUCUGUCCUCCACCGCCUAGUCAAGUUUCCAUCGAGCCAACCGACACUUCUAAUGUCCCGAAUGCUCAUGGUGCCAUGGAGGCUUCACCUGUGAACAACAGCUCGACAGGUGAGAUUUAA